GGUGCUGGAGUCUUCUUCUCUGCUUUGUUAAUACCGUUCAUCUACCACAAGACACCCAUCCAAGACCUCACUCAAUCUUGCUUUGAAAGUUGGGUGGAUCUCUCAAAAUGAAGCCAACAACAACCCUCCUCCUCACUGGCCUCCUCGCCUUAGCCACCGGCACCCUCGCCGAUAAAACCUGUACCCCGAGUUUCGAUUACUGCGCCAAUAAGCUGUUGAGUUCGAAGGGAUUCACGGAGAAUGACCUCAAGACGGCACUGCAGGGGACGGGGCUGGAGAAUGAUGAUCUAGCGGAUAUAUUGUUCCAUUGCAAGAAUCCAGGGGAUGUGGGACAUGCGCAGCUGUGUGCCGGGGGUUGUACGGAUCCGGCGACGGAGGGGAGUCAUGGGUGUUCUGGUUGAUUUGUCGUUCUUGCGGGAGGGGAUAGGGGUAAGGGUAUGGGUGUUAAGUGUAUA